GGUGUUGCGCGUGCGCAGAGGUGCCGUUGCGUUCUCCGCCCGAACCGCCGAUUCAGCACCGGUGUUCGGUGCCGCGCCUCUGCACCUUCCAUUCCGCCUCCCGGCGGGCGGUCGCGCGUCCCCAUGGAGGAGCCGCCGGCGCUGCACCCUGUGAAGCUGUACGUGUACGACCUGUCCAAGGGCAUGGCCCGCCGCCUCAGUCCCCUCAUGCUGGGGAAACAGCUGGAUGGCAUCUGGCACACCUCCAUAAUAGUCCAUAAGGAUGAGUUCUACUACGGUGCUGGGGGAAUCUCCAGCUGUGCACCUGGAGGAACACUUCUUGGCCCCCCAGACUCAGUUAUUGACUUGGGGAACACUGAAGUUACAGAAGAGAUCUUUCUGGAAUAUCUUUCUUCCUUGGGGGAGUCUAUGUUCCGAAGUGAGUCUUACCACUUCUUUGAGCGUAACUGCAACACCUUCAGUAAUGAAGUGGCACAGUUCCUGACGGGAAGAAAAAUCCCUUCCUACAUCACUGACCUUCCAUCUGAAGUACUUGCCACGCCUUUUGGACAAGCUUUACGGCCCUUCCUGAGCACCACCCAGUUCCACCCACCUGGAGGAAAUACCUUUAACAGGGAUAAUGGACAGAGCUAACAGGAGUGCCGUGCUGUGCCCAGCCUCACCAGGCCUCUUCCUUUUUAAGCACGAAUCUUCCAGAUUUCUAUUUUAUAAUUUCCCAUCCGAAUUAACUCUAUGGAAAUUACAAGACCGGUUUUAAAAUUUCUUAGGGAGAGGAUUUAUCAGGGUGCAUGCAAGACAAGGCUACCAAAAAGAUUGCCAUAAUUUCUAAUAGUAUUAUACUAAUUUAUAAAGGCUGUCUUGCCUGAAGUUAGGCUGAUACUUUCUAAGUAAUUCUCUGCUGGGAAGUGGGAAUUCAUUCCAUGAGCAUUCAAGCCCAUUAUGCAUUUUGAAGUAAAGGGGGUGUCCUAGCCAUCCCUUGCAUACUCACUUGUCUUUCUCUUGUCACUGUCAAUAUUAUGGGGGUGUUUGCUCCAGUCUCUAGCAAGGGAGAUACUCGUAGCUGAGGAAGUAAAGGUGUCCCAGUGCAUAUUUCAUUAACGUUGUGUUAUUUGCUCAGGGGAAAAGCUGAACUUGUUCGAUAGGAGUAUUCCCAAUGGCACAGCAGUGGGAAAGGUGGCCCAACUGAACCAGGCGGUGUUACUUUCAAGGCUGAAACUUUCAGUAUGUGUGUGGGAGAGAGGCUGCAUCUGAAGAGUACCACGAGCCUUGUGAGAUCCAAGUGUUAGGAGAGACAACAGCUGAAAGAACAAGAUCUUGUGAGUUGAGCGUGAGUGAUGGAAGCAAUGGAUAGAACCUUGUUAACUGUUUGCCUUUGCGUAGGAGUUGUUUUUUUCUCACUAAGCAGGAGUUACAGCACGGCGGUCUCUUGAUAACAUGAUGUAGGCCAACCCUGCCUUCAGUCUUUUGUUGCAGACAUGGUAGGGCUUCCAGCUGUUUCUGAUACUGCUGUUCUUUCUAAAGCAGCCAAGUACAUCGCAGAGGGCUGCAUGAGGAAAAGCAGGCGGUAAGUCAGUCUCCCUACAUUUAAAGAAAACAAGGAAGAGUAAAAUUAAGCUUUCCUGUGGAACAAUUGAGUUGAUUGGGAUACAUGGAGAAGCAGUCCUAUCCUUAGAUUGACAGCAGGUUGUGUCGAUGCCGCAUCUUCUAAUUUAAGAUUCUUCCAGCUUUGCAGUUAUUCACAGCAGAAAAAGAUCACGGGAAGAGGAGAAGAAUAGGCCCACUGAUUUCUUAUUGUGCAUGUAUAUAUGCUACUUUCCUGAACAAUUCUGUAGUAAGUAUGCUUAGGAAAGAACACAACAUCAGAAAAACCCCAAAACAUUGCCCUGCAAGUGGGCACUGCACAGCUCAGAUACUGCUGAAAAAAGUGUCUAUGCAAACGUAUGGUCCUAUGUGCAGUGCUUUGUUGUGACAACAUCUGUUGCAUCUCCAGUUUCCUGCACUGGAAACUGCAUACCUGCCGGAGGUGUCCUUCCCCUGCUGAGCUCUUUCUCUCAGAAUAGUGCAAUGUAGUGCACUUCUCCUGCUGUUAGUCAGAGCAGGCUGUAACACUUAAUAUUUCUGUGGGGAUGGAACAAAGGAAAACUGCAGUUUUCUCACUGCCCGAUGCGCUGUUGCUCUGCACCUUAUGGAAUCACUACACGAGUGGAAAUAAGGUCCUGCCUGUCCCUUUUGCAGCUGUGUGUGGCUGCUCUCAGUGCGGGUGGCCUUUGGACCACAGAAUGGUUUUUGGUGGUGGUUGUUUGGUUGUUUUAUCUUUCUAACAGCUUCAUACAAAAGCUUUCAGUCUUUCCCCAACAAAAUGUACUGUUUGCAGAAAGCAUUCUGCAGUAAAUCAUUUACCAUACAGCACCUUCUGGUGUUCUGGGGAACAAUAGUUAGGUUUGCUUUCUGCUAAGCCAUAGAAGCCAUAGCUUAGUUUUUCCACUGUCUGUGUGUAUCACCUCCGAACUCUUUUGAUGCCUAUUUUGUGAAGAGGAACUGCUCUCUUAUCUUCCUGCAGACAUGACUAUACCACAAAAUGCAGAAGCAUCUUGAAGCUUCCCCAGACAAUCAGUUAUACUGAAGCUGAUACAGUGCAGUACAGCAUCUGGGUAUGCUGUCUUGGCACCCACCGGCAGCACAGCUGUGGCUGUUUCUUUCAGCAAACUGUAUCUUCAGGUACAGCAGUCUGCUGGUACAGCUGCUCAGCAGAGGGAAUGCAGGCACCUUGGUCUCUGUGCACUCUGUUUCAUGAUAAGUGUCCACUUCAGAGGUCCUAAGCCCGGUUUUCACUUGCCUGCCUACUUCAGAACAUAUCAGUGGGUUACAUUUCUCGGACAUACUCUGUUUGCAGCAGUGAUGGUGCUCCCAGAUGGCCUCCUUGUCUCCGGACCUACUCUGUGUUUUGUGUAAUGGAUCUGUAGGAAGAGCUCCUGUUUAUUUGAUCUUACUGGGUAACAAGACCCUUGUACCCCGUAGGUCUCUUAGGAAACCCAUUUUCUCCAAAGAUGGUUAGGUGUAAGUUGCACAAGCCAUUCCUCCCAGCCAUAUGUACUCAUAGAAAUAUAAACUAGAGUGAGACAUGUAUGUAAGUGUAUCGGGGGGGGCAAACCUCAGCCAGCUCACUGACAAAGGGGCAGGGCAGCUGCACUCCUGAACGGGAGCAGAAUCCUUUGCUCGUGCUUCCUGAUCUGUCGUGUAUCUCUGGGGUUCCCCCCUACGCCAUUUAAAAAAGGUUAAUUAAUAACAUCUUUAGACAAAGUGAUGUUUUGGAUUUUUCCUUUCUAUUGCAAUUAAAAAAAAAAGUGAUCCUG